CAAACUUGGUCAGAAGUAGACCUAUGUGAGAAUUAGGGAAAGGCAUUCACAUAAAUUGUAUUUGCUAGGUUAAAAUAAUAUUUGUCUAUUACUUGGGAUUUAAGUUUUCUGGGGAAUUAUUUUUUACUUGUUAUUAUUGCUUUUUUGAUUUAGAGUAAAGAACUUAGUUGUAUCUAGUAUUUUUGUCACGUGGGAACUUGUCUUUUAACAAUGCCUGCUGCUAAACUCCCUCAUAAAGGGAUAGACAUCAAUGAGUUGAUAGGGGAGGGGGUGAGGUUACUUAAGGAAGGUGACUUGUUAGAUCAAGACAUGAAAACAAAAAUGGUGAAGGCUUACAAGAGUAUGGAUAGGCACAUUCCAGUGCCUUACACUCAAAUAUCAGCACCGAAGGAAACCAAAAAAUCUCAGAACAGAUGGAUUAUUGUCACAGCUCUGAUCGCAACCUACGGAUUUUUGAAAAACAUUUCACCAGAAAGUCCUUACUUAGCUGAGUUCUUCGUCGGUCCAAAGUUCAAUUUCACAGUGACACAGGUGACGCAAGACAUUUACCCUGUGUCCGUGUAUGGAAGCGUGGUACAAACAUCAGUGGUUCUACUGGUCACUGACAUCCUCAGGUACAAACCCAUCAUCGUCUGUGGUGCCCUUGGGUUUGUUCUGCACAAAUCUCUGCUUGUAUUUGGAGUUACAUUGCUAGAUAUGCAACUAAAUCAAUUCUUUUUCGCUACAACCAAAGCCUGCAGUUUAGCGUACAAAACAUACAUCUACAAUAAAGUAGAUCGGGAGCACUACCAGAUUGUGACUGCAGUAAUCAGGAUCGCACCGAAGGCUGGAACACUCUUCUCCGCCGUCCUCGCUCAGGUGGCACUUUCCUUCUUCUACUGCAAGAUUGAAGAUCUCAAUAAAAUAUCUUUAGUCGCGUCUGUAAUGGCAUUAAUAUGUGCUAUUUUACUACCCUCAAUGAAGCAAGGUGUGUAUGCUAAAGAAAGCAAAUCCAACCCAGAGAGUGGAAUUACAGAAAAAGAGAAAACGUACAGCUACGCAGUGUGGUUAUUGCUCCAGGACUUCAAGGAAGCCUACACAAACCCUUAUGUUGUGAAAUGGUGCAUCUGGUGGAUUCUGGCUACCGGAGGAUUCCAACAAGUGACUGAUUACUAUAUCCAAGUUCUAUGGUCAGAAAUCAAUCAUGGAAGUCAGAAUAAGUACAACGGAGGGGUGGAAGCUGUGAAUACCAUCGUUAGUGGCAUUUCUUGCUAUUUAAUCGGAAGUAUUCAAAUAGACUGGAGAUUCAGAGGUGAACUGGUUCUUGGAAUCUGCACAUUGUUCAAGGGAAUGUUUCUGCUAUUUAAUGCCACCACAUCAUCCAUCAUCGUCUCAUAUUGUAUAUACGUCGCUUUCUGUAUGCUGUUUGACAUUAUGAGCGUAGUUGCCAAUGCCGAAGUUGCUAAGCACCUGAAGAAUGAAAGUUUUGCUCUCAUAUUUGGCACCAACACAUUCUUGGGUCUCGUGUGGCAAUCCCUUCUCACUUACAUUCUGACCAAUAAGCACAUGUUUGCUUUGCCAAUCAGAGAACAGUUUGUCUGCGUCUCGUGUGGUUUUAUGGCUUUGGGUCUCGGCUAUACUCUCAGAGGUAUCUACAAGUACUUCUUCAGUAAUAAAGAAGUCCACAUUCAAAAAGUAAACGAAAUAACACCAAUUUGCACAACGAUAAAAGUGUCUCAGAAGAACCAAACAAUCCACUGACACAAGCUUUGUCCAGUGAAGAAAUAAAAAGGGAAUCUAUCUUGUGAUCAAAGGCAUAGCUGCGUUCUAAGAACAUUAAUGAACUGUCAGGGUAAUAUGAAGCUAAGAUCUAUUUAUACAAUUUAAAUGAAUUUUUUAAUUCUUAGAGGCUUUAUAGUAUUUAGUAAUCCGUCCCUGUCAAGCUAUGCUAUGUGAUUCCUAAAUGUUCUAUUUGAUUAUUACUGUGACUAUUGUAAAUAUUUUCCUCUGUCCUUCGUAAAUGUGAUGCUAAUUUGUUGAGAUCGUAUUCAUAUUUCUAACUUUGUAUUAUUUAGUCAUCUAGUGAAAUACCCGAGCUUCCUCCUCGGUGUUUCUAAGUACCUGACUCUCUUAGUUAGCAACUUUCCUUCGUAUUCCAUUUUAUCGCUCAUUUUCAUAGUUUUGAUGGAUAAAUAGUAUGUUAUCACUAUUUUUAAAGGUCUUCUCCACAUGUUUCCUCGAGCUACUUGUAUAGUAUUAAAGAUCUGAGAAAAUUUAAAAUAUGGGAGAUGAUGUAUAUUUAUUGUAAUAUAUGUUUUAGUUUUUAUUUAAUAAUGUAUUAAUUAUAUGAAGUAUUUUGAUAUA